CCAGAGCUCCCCGUUUGAGAUUGUUUAUCUGGAUGAAACUUUUUUAUCAAAUUGCGAUAACUUUGUUUAAGUUCUUCUAGUGUAGAGUUCUGAUUACAUUGCAAAACUGCAUAGUAAUCUAGUUCACUAUUGAUGCGGUUUUCUAUUCCUGAAGUGUCUUCAUUGGCCAUAUAUCACUAACUUCUUAGAUAACAUCAUGAACUAUCCAAUAUUUAUAAUAUAUUUUCUUUUUCACGGAUCUUUCGCAGAUUUACCUUUAGUUGUUAAUACAUGGGGCUUUCAAAAUGCAACUAGAGCAGCCUGGAAAGUUCUAGCAUUCGGGGAAACAAAACAACUGGAUCUAGCCGUAGAUGCGCUUGCUGCAGGUUGUAAAACGUGCCAAGAUGAGAGAUGCGAUACUACCGUUGGAUACGGUGGUUCACCCGAUGAAAAUGGAGAAACUGCCCUAGACGCCAUGAUAUUUGAUGGGGAUACCAUCAAUAUGGGAGCAGUAGGAGGUCUGCGAAGAAUUAAAAACGCAAUAUUUGUCGCUAAAUAUGUUCUGGAAAACACCGAACAUUCCCUCUUAGUGGGAAGUUUAGCUACUAGUUUUUCCAAGAAUCUGGGUUUUGAAGAAGAAUCGCUAGCGACAAACUAUUCGUUGAAUCAAUGGGAAAGCUGGAAGCAAGAAAAGUGCCAACCUAAUUUUUGGAAGAAUGUCUCACCUGAUUCUAAAACAUCUUGUGGACCUUAUACACCCAUAGAAAGUGAUUUCGAAAAUCAAAUUUUUAAAGAAAUACCUAGUGUAUAUGACUCUACAAAUCAUGAUACAAUUGGAAUGAUAGUAAUGACUGGAAAAGGUCGUAUAGUGGCAGGUACUUCCACCAAUGGAGCUAAAUUUAAAAUACCUGGGAGAGUUGGUGAUUCCCCGAUACCUGGUGCUGGAGCCUAUGCUGAUAGCGCAGUUGGAGCUGCUGUAGCAACUGGUGAUGGUGACAUUAUGAUGAGAUUUCUACCUAGUUUUCUAGCAGUUGAAAAACUAAGGGACGGCGCAUCUCCCAGCAAAGCUGCUAUCAUAGCGAUAGCAAGAAUAGCUGAGAAAUACAGAACGUUCUUCGGAGGUAUAGUGGUGGUUGAUAAAAAAGGCAACGUUGGAGCUGCCUGCAACGGUAUGGAUAAAUUUCCUUUCACCAUAGCCAAUAACAAAUACCCUGAAGGGAUCAUUAAAUAUAUUGUAAAUUGUACUAAUUAUGAAGAUUAAAUUGUAUUGUAAUAUAGGAACUAUUUUAGAUACAA